AAGGAUAAGGUACUUGCUAUACAGAGAGACUGAUCCAUUGAUCAAUCCAGAGAGAGAGAGCAAGAUGGUGUUGGAGGAGGAGGACGUAGAUUUGGUGCUGGUACCAAUGGGUCUGUUGGUGAUGGCGAUCUAUCACGGCUGGCUUCUCAUCACCAUCCGCCACACCCCAGAACGCACUGUCAUAGGCCUCAACGCCGCUGGUAGGCAUCAGUGGGUCAUCUCUAUGAUGGCUGAUCCAAUGAAGAACGGAAUUUUAGCAGUUCAAACAAUUCGCAACAACAUAAUGGCAUCUACACUCCUAGCAACCACAGCAAUUACUAUCAGUUCAAUAAUUGGUAUAUUCGUGAUGAGCAGCUCUAACAACUCCAAGAUCUCUCCAUCCAGAUUGGUUUACGGCAACAAGUUGUCCAUAGUAUCUUCGAUGAAGUACUUCUCCAUCAUGAUUUGCUUCCUUGUUGCUUCUCUUUGUAACGUCCAGUCUAUCAGAUACUACGCCCAAGUUAGUAUCUUGAUUACCUUGCCUACUUUGAAAGACAAAAGGGAAUUGGUGACUUACGUUGCUCUGAGUUUGAAACGUGGGAUCUUCUUUUGGUCACUUGGAUUGUGAGCUUUCUACUUAUCGUUCCCUCUCUUUCUUUGGAUUUUCAGGCCCAUACCGAUGUUUCUGUGUUGCUGUUUGAUGUCGUUUAUGCUAUAUUUCUUGGAUACAACCACAGGGAGUACAAGGAAACUUCAUAUUCGUUCUUUCAGAGAUGAGAAAGAAGGUGGUGAUGAUAUUGAAUUGAUUCAUCAUCAAACUGCAGCUUAAAGAAAGUGGUGAAAGCUGAUAACGGAACACCCGAUCACCAUAUUAAAUUGCAGCAAUAAGAAGUGUUUG